AGUGAACUCGCUUGGCCAGCAGAGAAUUUGUUCGACUCGUUCCUCACCGUAAUCUUCCUCGAGGGGAGAAGUCAGAACUCUGAAAAUCCAUCAAAACUUCCUUCGUUUCUUCCUCAAGGCGAGAAGUCUCUCAAGUCUAAGAACUCUGAGAAAACUCCUAUUAACCAAAUCGAGCUCCAUUGAUAUACCAGCUUCAAUCCAGUAAUACCCAUGCCAAAAUGCUCCUUAUUUCACACAGAGCUCCUCAGCAAAUCAAUCAAGAAAUCUCUGAAGCUAGGCCUCUCUUCAGUCCCACGUAAGUUCCCUACUCCAAUUCAGUCUCAUUCCCACUUCUCUGUUUUCACCAUUCCAUCGAACAAUACCUCUGAAACCGAACUUGAUAACAUUGGUGAAACUGAGCCCCCAAUAUCUGAUGAAAUCUUCAAGUCAAGUCAUAAAUUGGGUUCCUACAAACCGGGUGAUUCUACUUUCUAUUCACUCAUUGCGAACUAUGCCGAUUUGGGUGAUUUUAGGUCGUUAGAGAAGGUUUUAGAUCGAAUGAAACGCGAAAACCGACGGUUUAUGGAGAGAUGUUUUAUUGUAAUUUUUAGAGCUUAUGGGAAAGCGCAUUUACCUGAAAAAGCUGUCCAAUUGUUUGAUAGAAUGGUCUAUGAAUUUCAUUGUCGGAGGACUGUGAAAUCUUUUAAUUCGGUUCUUAAUGUUAUUAUACAAGAAGGUCGUUUUUCUCACGCAUUAGAGUUUUAUUCGCGUGUCACUGGUAGCAGGGAUUCAAAUAUUAUGCCAAAUGUGCUUACCUUCAAUUUGGUUAUUAAGACUUUGUGUAAGUUGGGAAUGAUUGAUAGAGCGGUUGAGAUGUUUAGAGAAAUGCCGCUAAGAAAAUGCACUCCCGAUGUGUUCACAUAUAGUACAUUGAUGGAUGGAUUGUGCAGGGAAAUUAGGAUUGAUGAGGCAGUUUCACUGUUGGAUGAGAUGCAAAUUGAGGGGUGUUUCCCGAGUGCUGCAACAUUUAAUGUGCUUAUCAAUGCAGUGUGCAAGAAGGGUGACUUGGCACGUGCUGCAAAGCUCGUUGAUAAUAUGUUUCUAAAAGGAUGUGUUCCUGAUGAAGUGACUUAUAACACCCUUAUCCAUGGUUUGUGUCUCAAGGGAAAAUUAGAGAAAGCAGUGAGUCUACUGGAUCGAAUGGUAUCAAGUAAAUGUGUACCUAAUGACAUCACUUAUGGAACAAUCAUCCAUGGGCUUGUAAAACAAGGAAGAGCUGUUGAUGGGGCUCGUGUGCUGAUUUCUAUGGAGGAGAGAGGUCACCGUGCAAAUGAGUAUGCUUACUCAGCUCUUAUUAGUGGUUUGUUUAGGGAGGGAAAGAUGGAAGAGGCAAUGAAAUUGUGGAAGGAAAUGGUGGAAAGGGGAUGCAAACCAAAUACUGUUGUUUAUAGCGCUCUUAUUGAUGGUCUGUGCCGAGAAGGGAAGUUGGAUAAAGCAAAGGAAGUUCUCUCUGAGAUGGUGAAAGAGGGCUGCAUGCCCAACUCUUUCACUUAUAGCUCCAUAAUGAAGGGCUUCUUCCAGAUAGGUGAUAGCCAUAAAGCUAUUCUUGUGUGGAAAGAUAUGGAAAAUGAUAACUUUAUGUGUAAUGAGGUUUGUUACAGCGUACUUAUUCAUGGCUUAUGUGAGGAUGGGAAACUUAGGGAGGCCUUGAUGGUGUGGAAGCAGAUGUUGGGAAAGGGAUUUAAACCUGACGUUGUGGCUUACAGUUCCAUGAUUCAUGGUCUUUGCAAUGCUGGUUUGGUGGAGCAGGGUUUGAAACUUUUCAAUGAAAUGUUUUGUCAAGAACCAGAAUCUCAACCAGAUGUGAUUACUUAUAACAUCAUUUUCAAUGCUUUGUGCAAGCAGAGUAGCAUUUCGCGUGCCAUUGAUUUCUUAAACAGUAUGAUGGAUCAAGGUUGUGAUCCUGACUUAGUUACAUGCAACAUUUUUUUGCGAGCUUUAAGGGAAAAGGUACACCCUCCUCAAGAUGGGAGGGAGUUCUUAGAUGAACUUGCUAUUCGGCUGUUUAAGAGACACAGGAUUUUAGGCGCUUCCAAAAUUGUAGAAGUGAUGUUGCAGAAGUUUUUGCCUCCAAAAGCCUCUACCUGGGCUAGAGUUGUUCAAGAGCUUUGCAAACCUAAAAAAAUUGGGGCUGCCAUUGACAAGUGUUGGAGCAGCCUCUACUGCUAAUUUCUUAAGCUGGAUCUUUUGCAGUUAAAUUUCUCAUUGAUUCACUGUAGCCCAAGACAUCCAUCUCACCAAGCACUGAUACAAUGGGUGAAGUAAUAGUACCAGAUUAUGAUAUUUGUUGGCCGAAACUGCUGCAACCACCGCAAAUAAACUGAGAUCCAUGGCAAGACGAACCUAGGGGCCAUACAUACCAUUUUCUACAAGUAGUCUUCUUGUACAUAACUGUACAUAUAACUUUGUACAGUUAAAAGCAUGAAGGUUUUUGCAACUUUGUUAACAAUUAUUCUGCAACACAGUUGGACGGGCAUUCAGUUAGCUGCCAAAAGUAAGCGUUAUCGAAUGUUGAGAAAGAUACUUCUUUACUUUACAUUCAUUGAAUAUAUAAUGUAUACAAGCAUUACAACGACUAGUACAAACUUAUGGGGUCAAUUUUGUUC